AAUGAACACCAAGAUGGGGGGAACCAGAGCUGCAUCAGGGAAGAGGCAGGUGUCCCUCUCUGGGUCCAAACCAAAAGCUGCUACUGUGAAGUCCGAUGGGAAAGGCUCGCUGCAGAGGAAGACUGGCCAGCAGGCAAGGGGCCCUGUGAACCCUGAGUGUCCAGAAGCUCCUGCAGGGCCAAGUUUAGAGGACCAAGCAGCCACUGUCAUCCAGUGUGCCUUCCGGCAGCACCUGGCAAGGAGGGAGCUGGCUCUCCGUCAACGGAAGCGCCAGGAAUACCUGGAGCAGAUGGAGAAGCUGCAGAGGGAGGCUUACCUGGCCUCGGUGCGCCAGGAGCAGGAAGCGGCCCGGAGGCGGCGCGAGGAGGAGGAGGCGGCGCAGCGCGAGCGGCUGGAGGAGCUGCAGCGCCGCCGCCGCCUCCUGGAUGCGGCCUUCGACGGGGACUUGGCGGAGAUCAGAGCGGUCCUGGACGAGGUGGAGCAGCUGCUGACCCGCGAUGGCGUGGGCCAAGACGAGGCGGGCCGGGCGCGCAGACUGCAGCGGCUCGUGGCCAUGGUGGAGUGCGAGGACAGCCACGGGAAUACGCCGCUGUCCGAGGCGGCCGCGGGUGGGCAGCCCCAGGCCAUCCGGCUGCUGGCCGAGCUCGGCGCCAGCCCCAACAGCAAGGGCGCCUUCGGUCGGACGCCGCUGUACCGGGCCGCCUUUGGGGGCCAUCUGGAAGCCGUACAGGUGCUUCUGAAGCUCGGAGCAGACCCGCGCGUGUACGCGGACGACGGGAACACUCCUGCGCAGGUGGCUUCCCUGAAUGCAGUGUCCACUGUGCUGCAGUCCUGGGACCUGAGCCUUACUGAGGCCAUGCUGCAGAACAUGGAGGCUGAGUGGCAGCGCCGGGCUCAGGAGGCCCAGCAGCAGCAGGCUGCAGAGGCCAAGCGCUUGACCCUCAAAGUGCAGCAGCUGGCCAGGGAGCAGCAGCAAUGUCAGAAGGUGUUACAGCAGGCAUACUGUGAGCUCCAUCGGAGGAUCUCAGAGCAUGACAGAUGCCAGCAGAAGUGCCCAGGCAAGGCUGAGCUCACACUGCAGGCCAUCAAGGAUACAGAGGUCCAUGUGGGCAAGUUGCGGCAGGAGGCACAGAAGGCUGAGGAGAUGCUGGCCAUGGCCCGACUGGAGCUGCGAGAGCAGAGCCAGGAGGAGGAAGAGGAGGCUCCAGGGCUGAAGUGCCAGGUUACUGAACUUCACGAUGUGCUGAUGAAGGAUGUAGGCAACCGCAUUAGCGCUGAUGGCAGGUCAGUCUGCACUCAGAUGGGCCUAGGCCAGUCUGGGAUGGCUGUGCCCUGGGGUGACCUGGUGGCCGCCAGUAGGUGGCCUCUCGUUAUAGAUCCUUCUGGCCAGGCAGCCACUUUCCUGCGCUACCAGGACACUAACUACGUGGAUACAAUGAACCCAGAGCACUUGAGGCCUGAGACUAUCCGGCUGGCACUGCUGGGGGCACUGAGGUAUGGGAAACCGCUGGUGUUUGAUUUUCGAGAAGUGGACCUGUUUCCUGUGGUGCAGCGACAGCUGGAUGCUGUGCAGCCAGGCCUGGCACAGGCGCUGCUGAGCCGCGGGCUGCUGGAGCAAGAGCGGUACCUGUCGCUGCUGCGGCCCACUGAUGGGGCAGAGUACGAUCCUGCCCAGUUCCAGGAGGCGCGCCUGGAGCACUUCCGCCUCUUCUUUGUCACCCAGGUGCAGUGGCCGCUGACUGAGCAAACGCAAGUGCUGCUCCCUGUGCGCGUGCAGCUGCCCAGCAGAGGUCUCUAGUGCUGCUCCCAAUAAAGCACCCACUGUGUCCCCAACUGUCCACCAGUCCAGCAGCAGUGUCCUGACUACUGGAUACUGCCUCUCAGGGUCUGGUGGGGCAGCUCUGCUGGGAAAAGGGCAAAAAGUGGGGCCAGCCUGCUGGGACCAAUGUAUGAACGUAUGGAUGGACAGACGGGAGUAAAACGUAGUUAACUUUAUUCUCCUUAAACCACAAAAUAGAGUCUUUGGUUGUACAAA